AUGGCAGAAACUGCAGUAUCAUUUGUUUUACAAGAACUAGGCCAAUUUGUAAUAAAAGAAACUAGCCAAUAUACAGUAGAAGAAAGAAAUUCAGUAGCAGGGAUUGAAAGAGACUUCAAUGAUAUCAAAGAUGAACUUGAGAGCAUCCAAGCCUUCCUCAAGGAUGCAGACACAAAGGCUGCUGAUGAUGAUGAUGGAUCCAAUGGAGUCAAAACUUGGGUGAAGCAGGUGAGAGAAGCGUCUUUUCGCAUAGAAGAUGUGAUUGAUUACUACAACAUGUUUUUGGCAGAGAGGGCCAGUCAUUCUAUAUUCAGAUCUGCACUCCAAAUGAUUCCUGGUUUGAUCAAAACCAUGAAUCCGCAUCACCAGAUUGCUUAUGAGAUUCAAGACAUCAAGUUAUCACUUGGUAGAAUCAAAGAAAGAAGUACAAGGUUCGAGUUUCUGUCUGAAAAUGAAGCAGGAAGGACUAAAGCUCCUAGAAUUGGUGACCCUCGAAUGGCUCCGUAUUUCAUUGAAGAGACUCAAGUUGUAGGAUUUGAGUCCGCGCGAGAUGAAUUGGUCAGAUGCUUGGUGGAGGAAAACAAUGAGCUCAUGUUGGUUGCUGUGGUUGGCAUGGGAGGACUCGGGAAAACUACUCUCGCAAAGCAUGUUUUUGAUAGCCAGCUAGUGAAAAAGAACUUUGAUUGUAGAUCUUUCAUCACCGUUUCGCAAUCGUACACCAUCAGAGAGCUGUUGACAGAAAUGAUAAAGAAAUUUUGCAAGGACAACAACGAGCCUAUUCCAAGGGGUCUGCAGAAUAUGGAUGAUGAAACUUUGAUUAAUCAAGUGAGACAAUACCUUGAGUCAAAAAGGAAAUCUUUUCCUGUUCAUGUCCAUGAGCUACAACGUUUGCCUCCAGACAAAGCAUGGGAGCUGUUUUGCAACAAGACGUUUAGAGGGCACUGUCCAACAGAACUUGAGGAGAUGUCCAGAGAAAUUGUUCAAAAAUGUGGAGGGCUACCAUUAGCUAUUGUGGCCAUCGGUGGUCUUUUGUUAACAAAAGCUAAAACCCUCAUUACAGCUACUCAAAAUCACGAAUAUCCGUCAACACAAAGACAUCAUAACGCUCACAAACAACACAGAGAAUCAACGGAUGGCAGAAACUGA